CAGUGUAAUGAUUAGUAAUGAUUGACUGUAAAUAAACAGGACGGGUCCUUUUUUUCUUUCAGACAAAACAAAGUGGGCCCAAUGCAAGCUGCAGAGUUGGAGUCACUCUGUACCACUAAGAAUCAUCGCUGUACUGAACCAUGAAUUUCCUCCAUCUAUUAUGUCUUUUUCAAGCCUUCCAGUGGACAAGAGCCCAGACUAGGACGUAUCUGGUCACUGCACCCAAAAUCCUGCGACUGGAUGCAGCCGAGAAAGUGGUCAUCCAGGUCUUUGGCUAUGACCAGGAGACCACCUUCACAGUUUCGCUAAAGAGCUACCCGGACAAGAAGCAAACGUUUGCCACUGAGUCUGUAACGCUUACAGCCGAGAAAGACUACCAGGCUGUGGCCACGCUGAGGCUCUUGCCCACAGAUCUCUCCAAGGAUGUCACCAAUGUGUACCUGGAGGCCCGGUUCAGUGACCUUACCUCGGAACAGAAGCUUCCAGUAUCCCGCGACAAUGGCUUCCUAUUCAUCCAGACGGAUAAGCCCCUGUAUACCCCCGAGCAGUCAGUGAAGGUGCGGGUGUUCUCUCUCAACGCGGAGCUGAAGCCCGCCCUCCGGCCCGUCACCCUCACAUUCCUGGACCCGGAAGCUAUGGUAGUGGAUACUGUGGAUUUGCAAGAUGUCACCGGGAUCCUAUCAAUGCAAAAUCCCUUCAAAAUCCCCCUGAAACCAAAGUUUGGAGUUUGGAAAAUUGAAGCUACCUACGCUGAGGAAUUCAUCACCACAGCAAGAACUGAGUUUGAGGUCAAAGAAUAUGUUUUGCCCAGCAUCUCCGUAAUUAUCGAGCCAGAGGCCAACUACAUCAGCACAGCCAACUUUGAGUCAUUCAAGGUGAAGGUGAUGGCCAGGUACAUGCAUGGCCUGCCAGUAGUUGAUGCAGAUGUGUUCCUGAAGUUUGGGUACACUGAUCAAAGCAGCACGAACGUAUUAGCAGGGUCACUGCGGAGAGGUGUGAUACGGAACGGUAAGGGAGACUUUGAGCUGAAAGUGAAGGAGGUGUUUGAGGGCGAGGCCGAAGGACCACGCACACUACAGGCGCUGGAUGGGAAGACCUUCUACAUCACCACUACUGUGCAGGAGUCAACCGGUGGGAUUUCUCAGGAAUCAGAGCUUGCCACUGUGAAGUUCUGCCUGUCUCCCUACACUCUGGGCCUGAUUGCCACUCCACCCUUCAUUAAGCCUGGACUGCCUUACUUUGUCAGGGUAAUGGUGAAGGACCCCCUGGGGCAACCGGUACCCAGGGUACCAGUAAAGGCACUGGUAACCAUCAUGGAUGAUGAAACACAAGCCCAAGAUCACAGCGACCAGAACAAGUAUCAGAUAAGCCAGGCGGACGGCACCGCACUCUUCACAUACAACAUCCCACCCAACUCCAAAACAGCCACAUUUUCACUGCAGACUGAAGACAGUACGCUGCCUCACACCAGCCAGGCCAAACUGACAUAUAGCGCUGAGGCCUACAAGUCAAUUAACAAGCGCUACCUGUAUAUUGACUGGGCCUCCCACUACCAAGACAUGAAGGUGGGCGAGUACGCCAGCAUCAAUGUCUACUUCUACCACCACCCUAGCCUCACCCUGGGAACUUUCAGCUACCAGAUCAUCUCCAAGGGGAAGAUUGUUAAAGUCAAGACGGUGCCACGUGUGGGGUCCUCCAAUGUCCAGAACAUCAACUUCCACGUAACCGCAGACAUGGUGCCGUCCGCUCGCCUCUUGGUCUACUACAUCUUGACUGGGGAGCAGACGGCAGAGCUGGUAGCUGACUCUGUGUGGUUUAGCGUGAAAGCAAAGUGUGUCAACGGCCUAAAGACGAAGUUGUGGGCCAAUCAGGAGUCAUACGAGCCCAAGGAAAAUUUGAUGCUGCAGGUGCAGGCAGGCCAUGGCUCCUUGGUGGCUCUCUCCUCAACUGACACGGCUGUCUACAACCUCCGUGCUCCUAGCAGUGACCCCAUGGCCAGAACUCUGCAUCACAUUGAACGAAGCGACCAGGGCUGUGGGGGAGGAGGCGGUAAAGACAAUGCCAAUGUGUUCCACAUUGCCGGCCUCACUUUCAUGACAAAUGCUAAUGCCAAAGCCACAUCAUCUGAAGAUGCGACCUGCUCAGCGGUCUUGCGACCAAAACGGUCCACUGACAUGCAGAAAGAAAUAAUGAAGAAAGUUCAGACGUAUAACACAAGAGAACAGCAGCGUUGCUGCCAAGGGGGGAUGAAGAAUAUCCCAAUGCUGGAGACGUGUGCAGACCGUGCCCACCGCUUGCCCAGGCACAAAAAAAUAUCUGAUCACGAAAAAUGCAAGAGUGUCUUCGCAGAAUGCUGCGAUUUCUACAUAAAACUGAAUGCCGCCUCCACCACCCACCUUAUUCUCGCACGCAUGGAGCUGGAAAUCCAGUUUGGCUUCAACGCACCAAGGGUACGCAGCUUCUUCCCAGAGAGUUGGCUGUGGGAGGUGUACCGCGUCACUGACGGGUCAGGGGUGCUGUCAGUUCAAAAGAGCCUGCCAGAUUCGCUCACGACCUGGGAGUUCAAAGUGGUGGAGAUGUCCAGUGAGGGGAUGUGUGUUGCCGACCCCCUGAGAGUGCCAGUGACCCAGGAAGUGAGUGUGGAUGUACCCGUGCCCUACAGUGUGGUGCGUGGGGAGCAGAUUGAGUUGCGCGGCUCUGUGUACAACCAGUUGGAAAAGGAAUCGGAGUUCUGCGUGACCUUGACGGUCCCCCAAGGGGUGUGCCUAUUCAAGGGGGUGGCCAAAGGGAGUGGGGCGCCCCGGAGCACCACCUGCAACAAACGAGCACUGGAAAAGAAGUCUGUUUCCAUGGUGACUUUUACCCUCAUGGCCUUGGAGGUGGGAGAACACAAGCUCCGCUUCACCCUGCUCACCACCCUGGGCUCAGAGACGCUCAUCAAGACCCUCCGUGUGGUGCCUGAGGGCAUCAAGACGGAGAUUCUAGUCGGUGGAACUUUGGAUCCUCAAGGAGUGUAUGGGAAAGCAAAAAGGAGGCUGGAGUUUCAAAACAGCGUUCCCUCAAACCUGGUGCCCAAGUCCAGUGUGGACCGUCUCCUCACUAUCAGUGGUGAGAUGCUGGGGGCGGUAAUGGCAAUCCUGAAUGACCCCAAGGGGCUGCAGCAGCUGACCUCUCUGCCGCGUGGCUCAGCAGAGGUGGAGCUCAUGGGCAUCCUGCCUGUGUACUACGUCUACCACUACCUGGACACAACCGACAGAUGGAACCUAAUGGGAACAGACAUCAUGCGCAGCAAACUGGACCUAAGGCAGAAGCUGAAGGAGGGGAUCACCAGCCUCAUGUCCUUCAAGAAGAAAACCGAGUCCAGUUACAGCAUGUGGAUAAACGGGGAGGGCAGCACCUGGCUAACCGCUCUAGUGGUGAAGACUCUGGGACAGGUGGCAAAAUAUGUGAAGGUGGACCAUGUGUCUUUGUGCAACUCCAUCUUCUGGCUGAAGAGCAGGCAAAAUCCAGAUGGAUCGUUUAGAGAGGAAUCCAACUAUAAACCCUCCAAAAUCAUGGGUGCAGGGGCUAAUGUGAUGGACAAGACAGCCUUCCUCACGUCCUUCACCAUCAUCGGGAUCAAGAACGGCGUGGAGGUGGAAAAUUGCCAAUUGCAGGAGUUUAAAGACGUCCUGGACAAAGCCGUGAAUUACCUUUUCGACACCUUUGAGAAGCUGAAGAGCAUGUAUGUGCGUGCGAUCACCGCUUAUGCUCUGGCGCUGGUGGAUCAGUCCAGCAUGCCGGCCCGUCAGCUGUACGAACGCCUCCAGACCCAGGCCAUUGUCAAAGGGAACCCUGCUAUUGUCCGGUACUGGGAGGAGACAAACGCCAUCCCAGAUGCCUCUAAGCCCAAUAAGAUAUCAGCACAGACUGUGGAGACCACAGUGUACAAUCUGCUCACUACCAUGCUCUACGGAAACAAGCAGUAUGCCAAUCCCAUCCUCACCUGGCUGACGCAGGAUCAACGCUAUGGAGGGGGCUUCCACUCAACACAGGACACCAUCCUUACACUGGAGGCCCUGUCAAAGUAUAGCGAACUGGUCAAGCACACAGAGCUGAAUAUGGAGAUCCGAGCGUCCUACAGGAAAAUGGGUGACAUUAAGCAGAUCUCACUGUCAGAAAAGAAUCCUGUGGCCACACUUUUACAGGUGAUGAGCGAUGAUGACGUCAUUGUUGUGACAGGCUAUAGCACUGGGGUGUCAGUUGCCCAUAUGAAGACCGUGUUCUACAGCACAACACAAUUCAAUGAAAACUGCUACUUUGACCUUAAAAUUGAGGUGUAUGGACCAGACGUUGACUCCAUAGAUCCAAUGUUCAUGUCUCCUCGAAUCGUUGCCUGCGCAAAAUUUAAGCCUCCUGAGAAUGAGGUAAACACAGAGUCCACCCACACUGUCAUGGAGAUUCACCUGCCCACGGGUGUGCAUCCUGUUCAGGAGGAUCUGGAUGUUAUGCUGAAUUCUCUAGAAUCUAGAAUCUCUCAUUAUGAGAUCCAGGGAGAUCAGGUCAUUCUUCAGCUUGAUACAGUUCCAUCAGAAGACUUUCUAUGUGUGGGGUUCCGGAUUCAGGAACUCUUCCGCACUGGCAUGGCCAGCUCCUCCUUGUUCAGAGUGUAUGAGUUCUCCGACCCAGAGAGCCAGUGCUUCAAGCUUUACCACCCACAUGGGGAGCGCAGGCUGCUUCGGCUCUGUGAGGGGGCGGAGUGCCAGUGCAUGGCAGCGGAGUGCAGCAGCUUCAAAUCACCCAUGGACCUCAGAAUUACAGCUGACGAACGACUGAAGGCUGUUUGCCAAGACCACAUAAAAUACGCCUUUAAGGUAAAAAUCAAGUCCUUUGUGGAAGAGGGAGAUUUUGUGAGCUACACAGCAGAAAUAGAGGAGGUCUAUAAAAAGGAUACUGAGGAUGUUAAGAGGAGCACUGAAGUCACAUUUGUGAAGAAGGCAACGUGCACUGACGUGGACCUGCUUCAGGGGAGUCAGUACCUAAUCAUGGGGUCAGAGGUCAUGCAGAUAGAAAUGCAGCGGAGCUAUAAGUACAAGUACCCGCUGGACUCUCAGACCUGGGUGGAGAAAUGGCCUCAAGAAUGCAAAGGAAGCCCCUGUGAGGACUUUGUGGCAAUCCUGGACGAGUUUGUAUUAAACUUUCUGCUAGAGGGCUGUUGACUGUUGACAAUCCAUGUAUAGAGCGGAUUAAAUGUCUUAUUGUAUAAAAUGAAUGAUUUGGAGUUGCACCAAUGACAAAUAGCUUUUUAUGACUAUUCUUGUAGAGUAAGCCUAAAUCCAGAUGACAGGAAACAUUGAGGAAUGGCUGUGUUGUCUGUACAAAUGGAAAAGUAUUGAAUAUAAUAAAUAAACGUCAUAUGAAUACCA